AUGGCCUGGAGCAAUCAGUCUGUGGUAACCGAAUUCAUACUACGGGGUCUGUCCAGUUCUUUAGAACUCCAGAUUUUCUACUUCCUGUUUUUCUCCAUAGUCUAUGCUGCCACUGUGCUGGGGAACCUUCUUAUUGUGGUCACCAUUGCAUCAGAGCCACACCUUCAUUCCCCCAUGUACUUUCUGCUGGGCAAUCUCUUCGUUGACAUGUCCCUGGCCUCAUUUGCCACCCCCAAAGUGAUUGCAGACUUCCUUAGUGAACACAAAGCCUUCUCUUUUGAAGGCUGCAUGACCUGGAUAUUCUUCCUACAUCUCUUAGGAGAUGCUGAGAUUGUACUGCUGAUCUCCAUGUCCUUUGAUAGGUAUGUGGCUAUCUGUAAGCCUCUAUGUUACCUAACAAUCAUGAGCCGGAGAAUGUGUGUUGGGCUUGUGAUACUUUCCUGGAUUGUCAGCAUCUUCCAUGCUCUGAGUCAGUUAGCAUUUACGGUGAAUCUGCCCUUCUGUGGACCCAGUGAAGUAGACAGUUUCUUUUGGGACCUACCUUUGGUGAUUAAACUCGCUUGUGUUGACACAUAUAUUCUGGGGGUGUUCAUGAUCCCAACCAGUGGCAUGACUGCCCUGGUGUGCUUCAUCCUCUUGGUUAUCUCCUACACUAUCAUCCUGGUCACCGUUCGGCAGCAUUCCUCUGGUGGAUCCUCCAAAGCCCUCUCCACGUGCAGUGCCCACUUUACUGUUGUGACCGUUUUCUUUGGCCCAUAUUUCAUCUACAUGUGGCCUUUCACAAAUUUCCCAAUAGACAAAGUACUCUCAGUGUUGUAUACCGUAUUCACUCCCCUCUUGAAUCCAGUGAUCUAUACCCUUAGGAAUAAAGAUGUCAAGUAUUCCAUGAGGAAACUAAGCAGCCAUAUCUUUAAAUCUAGGAAGACUCCUUAA